ACGUGUCAGGCUUCUGUUCCACCUGUCAUCCUCAACCUCACUUUGGAUUCUCAACAGUAUUUCCUCACUUUCUUAGUUUCCCAUCUUCUGCCAUUUCCUGCAAUCAAAUUUAUUUCAGACUAUCCAACCUUCACUCCACACUUUCUCUCUCCUCUCCACUAAACAAUCUAGUCCCAAAAAUUUAAUUUGACCCCAAAAAUCUCCGCUGAUGAUCCAAUGUUAACACCAUUGAUCACAUUCACCACUGUUAUUCUCUUGCUUCUUUUUUGUUGUUCCUCCACCACAACCAGCACCACCACUAGCGACGGCGAUACGACGGAGUUCGACUUCGGAACGCUUACGCUAGCGAGUCUUAAAGUAAUCGGCGAUGCUCAUUUAAACAAUGGCAGCGUCCACCUCACCCGAGACUUACCCGUCCCAAACUCCGGCGCCGGAAAAGUAUUUUACUCACGUCCGGUGAAGUUCCGGCUUCCGGGGACAAAUUCUCCGGCGAGCUUCACAACUUUUUUCUCAUUCACCAUCACUAACCUAAACCCUUCCUCCAUUGGAGGUGGGCUAGCUUUUCUGUUAUCUCCUACUGAUGACUCUGUUGGUGGUGCUGGUCCGUUUUUGGGUCUUAGCCAGGGUUCGAACUCAGGUUUUGUUGCAGUUGAGUUUGAUACUCUUAUGGAUGUUGAAUUUAAGGAUAUAAACUCCAACCAUGUUGGGUUGGAUCUUGGAUCAAUGGUUUCAACCCAUGUAAGUGAUCUUGAUUCAAUCAAUGUAGAUUUGAAGAGUGGGAAUCUUAUCAAUGCUUGGAUCGAGUAUUCUGGGUUGACUCAGAUUUUUAGUGUGUCAAUAUCAUAUUCUAAUAUCAAACCUAAGAUACCAAUUCUUUCAUUUGAUCUAGAUUUGGAUGAGUUUGUAAGUGAUGAUAUGUUUGUUGGUUUUACUGGGUCAACUCAGGGGAGUACUGAGACUCAUAGUAUUGAAUGGUGGAGUUUCAGCUCGUCUUUCGAUUCAGUUGUGUCUUCACCGGUGCCUCAGCUAUCUCCUCCUGUAGCUGUUCUACCAGCUCCAACUCCUGGAGCUGGUGGAACAAACGUCGUGGCAUCUCGCGCUCCUCCGCCAUCGAUUGCGCCCUCAGGGUCGAAAUCGAUGUCGAAAGAGAGUAAAUCAGGGUCCUGUGACAAUCAGUUAUGCAAGCAUAACCCAGUUGCGGUAGCUGGAGUAGUCACAGCAAGUGCAUUCUUAUUAGUGAUAUUUGGAGGAGUUAUAUUCUGGGUGUUCUCAAAGAAAUCAAAGUUCAAAUUCCCUCCAACUUCGAGUUCGUGUUCAUUGGCGACUGAUAUCAUUAAAAUGCCAAAGGAAUUCAGCUACAAGGAGCUUAGAUUUGCUACUAAAAGCUUCGAUUCGACUCGAGUGAUCGGGCAUGGGGCAUUUGGAACGGUGUAUAAAGGAAUUUUGUCUGAAACAGGACAUGUAGUUGCGGUAAAAAGAUGCAGUCAUAAAAGUGGAGGGCAAGGGAAGAAUGAGUUCUUAUCCGAAUUAUCAAUAAUUGGAACACUUAGGCACAGAAAUUUAGUUAGACUUCAAGGUUGGUGUCAUGAAAAGGGUGAAAUUUUAUUAGUAUAUGAUUUAAUGCCAAAUGGAAGCUUAGAUAAGGCAUUGUUUGAGUCAAGAAUGGUAUUAUCUUGGCCACAUAGAAGAAAAAUCUUACAUGGGGUAGCCUCAGCGUUGGCAUAUUUACAUCAAGAAUGUGAGAAUUUGGUAGUACAUAGGGAUGUUAAAACAAGUAAUAUUAUGUUAGAUGAAGCAUUCAAUGCAAGGUUAGGUGAUUUUGGGUUAGCCCGACAAAUGGAGCAUGAUAAAUCCCCUGACGCCACGGUGGCGGCUGGGACAAUGGGGUAUCUAGCCCCGGAAUAUCUCCUAACGGGGCGAGCCACGGAUAAAACCGAUGUGUUUAGCUAUGGGGCGGUGGUGCUCGAGGUUGCGAGUGGGCGGAGACCGAUAGAGAAGGAAAGGAAUGGGAAUAAGGGGAAUUUGGUGGAAUGGGUGUGGGAAUUGCAUAGAGAAGGGAGGUUGUUAGAGGCUGCAGAUGAAAGAUUGAAUGGUGAGUACGAUGAAGGAGAAAUGAGGAGAGUGUUAUUGGUUGGGUUAGCAUGUUCUCAGCCUGAUCCAAUGGCAAGGCCCACAAUGAGAUGUGUGGUGCAAAUGUUGGUUGGUGAGGCUGAAGUGCCAAUUGUGCCAAAAACUAAACCUUCCAUGACUUUUAGUACUUCUCAGCUACUUUUGAGCUUGCAAGAUAGUGUUUCUGAUUGCAAUGCCAUGCUUACUAUAUCCACUUCGUCGUCUUCGUCGGAGCGCAACCUAUUCCUACCUAGUCGCGGUGGACAUAGUGGUGGAGGUGGUGGUGGUGGUGAUGAGCUAGUCUAAAGAAAAUGGGAUUUUUGUCGAUUACAUUAAACUUAAUAUAGGUUUUUCAGUUUUGUUUUGGGUAAGUUAAGGAAUUAUAUUGUUUUAUUUGAUUAUCAUGUAUGUAUACAACAAAAAUGUGAAUCUCUAAGGCCAUAAUUAAUGUUUCCCCCCACAAAAGGAGAUGAGGGGAGAAGUGUUGUAACACACAAUAAGUUUAGAACUUUUAAUUGGGGGGUAUGAGUAUGACGGACCCUUAAUUUUGUAUAAUACUUUUAACUUAUUAUUGUAAUAAUGGGUAUGAAUGACGAAAUUAAGAAAAUUGAGCAAAGUUAUAAUAAUGAGUGAAAUUUUCGGUUGUGAUUGGAGGAAA